ACACAUCGAUUUGCUCUGCGCACACAACUCACCCGGAGACCUAACAGACGACAGCCAUACGAAGCGAUCACUUCUAUCGAGCAAUCGUUUACAACCAAUGCAUCGAUUAGCUAGGCGCUCACUUAUUGCCCCUCCUGAUGCUCUCCAACUUGUAGUUGAGAUUUAUUUUCGGAAUUUGCCAAGAGCAGAAGUCGACGAGAUAUAUAACUGUAGCUAUAUACUGAAUUCCGUUUCUACCUCUCGAUUGAGCCUCUGUUGCCACACUGAAUGCUUGCUGAUCUGAAGCUUGUAAUGAUGACUAAUUAAUGGAUUCUCAUCAAAUCCUCGUUUCAUCGUAGCUAUCAGUAUUGACAUGCUACAACGUUCCGGAAACAUGUAAGGAGGCUAGACGAAUGGGCGAUUCGAAGGAGGGGAAAUUGUGCUGAUUUGUCUGAGGACUAUGAUGGUUUACAUCCAACUUGUUCAAAACUGCAAAUUGCUUUGAUAUGAAUGGUUCUAUCGUACAUUCAAUGGAAAGAUUAACUUGAUCGGGUUAUGAUUGCAUUUGCAACGAUUUGAUUUAAUUGAGCAGCAUUUGAUUGAACGUCAUCGACGCUUUAUUUCUGAAAGUAAUUAUCUGGAUAAAUUAUUGGAAAGCAUCUUCACGUUUAUAGGACCUAUCGAUCCGGACCCCAUGCAAGUAUGAUCUUUUCACAAUCUCCUUGGAUAUGGUUUAUACCUGUGUUUUUAGUCCUCAUCCUCAUCGUAACCAUCGUCGCAAUUUGCAUCUGUAAAUGGCCUCGUCGUAAGGUUCCGCGUCAUGUCGACCCGCGAAUCAUCCUCAAAGAUGUCAAUCACGUCGAAGUCAUCUCCAACCCCGGCGUCCCCGCGUCGCCGACAAUGCCUCGGUUCUCCACCGCCGGCGACGGCCUAAUGGUCCGGAAGAUCGACCUCACCAUCCCACCAGAAGUUCCAUCCGUCGAUCCGCCGCCACUCCCGUCGAGGCCGCCGUCGAUGGCGGCUGUUCAAAAGAAAGCGUCUUCGAAGAGGCGAAAGAGUAAAAAGAACCAACUGCGCCUCGUAGAUGAUAAUUACCGAGGCCUUGAAGAACCGAACUUCAGUACCAUGAUACCGGAUAUCACAAUCAUGGAUGUGGAUAUAUCCGAUCAUAAGCGGUUCGAGUUCAACUUGGAUCCGACCGAAUGCGAGAGGGACAAACUUAUAUUGGAUUGAUUUUUUUUACCCUCAUAUUCUCUGGAGCCAAUAAAUCCUGUGAGUCCUGGAUGCAAACUUGGACGAGCAGAUAUAAUAAUGACAGUAUUGAGAAGACUUCCGUUUUUAUUGUGAAUGUACAUAGCGUGUAGAUCACGUUAAUACUUGUUUUUAUAUUUCUUCAUUGAAUGUGAAAGAUGUAGUUAAUAUGGAUCAAAAUUACACUUCAGAGGAGAAGCUAAAUUAUCAUGGUUUGUUUUCGAGCAAAAGAGCCUUGUAUUUGAAAAAGAUUUUAAACAAUGAACGAAAAAUAUUUGGAUAUACUGUUUUUCUAUGACCUCGUAACAUCUUGAUGGCACUUGAGGGAGAGUCUGGAUUAUUCGGGAAGAGGAUUGCUACUGGUUACUCGAAAUCAAGGAGUUCCUGGGCCAGCACCAAAGCUAUUCUUUCAAUUCAAAGUUCCCUUCUGUAUAAAGAUAAUUCUGAAAGUACCGUCGUUUCGGUUUGUCCCGAUUGAGUCAGGUUGGUUCCGAAUACGUGUGAUGAUUGAAAACGUUUCUUGGAAGGGCUUGUCGGCGACAGACUGACAGUUACCAUAGUAACAGUGCUUCUCAGCCAAUCAAAAACGAAGGAAAGUUGCAAGAUUUGACAAGAUGUCGGAUGACAGAAAUUGACUCCUGAGGAGUUACAAUGUGAUACCGAUAUAUUGGAUCUCUAUUGUGAAAUAAUGAGUUCAGAACUGGCCAUCACGAAACCUUUUCUUGUUGAUACGAACAUGCGAAAAUGUACUGAAUUCUCACUUGGACGUGUGUGAAGUGAUUCAAUAACAUCGAACCUGGUUCAAAUCUGGAUAGAGGAAAUGUGCAAUAAAAUGUUGAAUAUUACCAGAAUGAUCCUUAAAGCUUGUUUGACGAAACAGUAAACUGCUACUAUACCUCUUGGCCAAAAUAAUGGAAGUAAUCAUUUUUUCGGACCGGGCUGGAACAUGGAGUGAUUGAUAUGAUUAUAAAAACAAUUAUGUUGGACUAUUUGUUUACUGGAAUUACUAAUAAUUUGUCUUUCUGUGUAUUUUAACCACAUUUUACUAAAUGGAGAGAAAAU